GCAGCAGUAGGCCGGCACUGGGGACAGGACAACAUGGCUGCUGCUGCGGGCAGGUACUACGGAGAAGGCGGCAGAGCAACGAAAAGACAGAAAACCGAAGACGGAGGAAUGACAACGGAGAGCUACGAUGACCCUCAUAAACCGCUGCCUUCCCCGGUGGUACACAUCAGGGGCCUGGUUGACGGUAUUAUGGAGGCAGACCUGGUGGAGGCCCUGCAGGAGUUUGGGGCUAUCAGUUACGUGGUCAUGAUGCCAAAGAAGCGCCAAGCGCUGGUUGAGUACGAGGACAUGAACGGCUCCUGUAAUGCUGUAAACUACGCAGCAGAGAACCAGGUUUACAUAGCAGGACACCCUGCCUUCAUCAAUUACUCCACCAGCCAGAAGAUCUCCAGGCCUGGAGACUCUGAUGACACCCGGAGCGUCAACAAUGUGCUGCUGCUCACCAUCAUCAACCCCAUCUACCCUAUCACCACGGAUGUUCUCUACACCAUCUGUAACAACUGUGGUCCAGUACAGAGGAUUGUCAUCUUCAGAAAGAAUGGUGUUCAGGCCAUGGUCGAGUUUGAUUCGGUGCAGAGCGCACAGAGGGCCAAAGCAUCUCUGAAUGGGGCAGACAUCUAUUCUGGCUGCUGCACCCUCAAAAUCGAAUAUGCCAAGCCCACACGCCUUAAUGUGUUCAAGAAUGACCAGGACACGUGGGACUACACCAACCCAAACCUCAGUGGCCAAGAUGCUGAUGGUGAAGGCAAUUGGAACAAUUCACAAGAUCCUAAUGCCAACCCCAACAAACGCCAGAGGCAGCCUGCUCUGCUGGGAGACCACCCACCAGAUUACGGUGGCCCUCAGGGAGGUUAUCACGGCUACAAUGAUGACAGCUAUGGCCCUCCUCCUCCCCACCGCAUGGGGCCAGGUAUGGGAGGGCGUGGUCGUGGUAGCACACGCUAUGGCCCUGGAUAUGGACCACCACCCCCAGAGUACGGCCCUCAUGCUGACUCACCGGUUCUGAUGGUUUAUGGCCUGGAGCCCUCGAAGAUCAACGCUGACAAGGUCUUCAACAUCUUCUGUCUGUACGGAAACGUGGAGCGGGUUAAGUUUAUGAAGAGUAAACCUGGAGCAGCGAUGGUGGAGAUGGGAGACUGUUACUCUGUGGACAGAGCCAUUACUCAUCUCAACAACAACUUCCUUUUUGGACAGAAACUCAAUGUUUGUGUGUCCAAGCAGCAGGCCAUCGUCCCAGGACAGUGCUACCAGUUAGAGGACAACACCAGCAGCUUCAAAGAUUUCCAUGGAUCCCGCAACAACCGUUUCACCUCCCCGGAGCAGGCCGCCAAGAACAGAAUCCAGCAUCCCAGCAACGUCCUUCACUUCUUCAACGCACAGCCCGACAUCUCAACAGAGAUCUUCAACCAGGUCUGUGAUGAACUGGGAAUAAAGAAACCAGAAAGUGUGAAACUUUUCACUGGAAAGAGUGAGCGAAGUUCAUCUGGUCUUUUGGAGUGGGAAUCCAUCAACGAUGCCAUGGAAGCUCUUGCCAUGAUGAACCAUUACCAGAUGAAAAACCCCAGUGGGCCUUACCCAUACACACUGAAGCUGUGUUUCUCUACUACACACCAUGCCAACUAAAUCUGCUCUCCUCAAACUCUUUGUAACAUUUAGUGUCUUUGCAUAGAGUAUCCUGUUGUUCUGUUGUCACGUCCCAUUCAAACUUUGAAUCAGUAUUGACAUGAACUAGGAUUGAUGUUCAGAUUAUGUUCCUUAAAAACAAUGAAUUUAUACGCUUAAUUUUACCUUGAUCAUGUUUUAAUCUGAUUGUUUUUUUUAAUUUUGUGUUCACAACUCUAGAUUUAAACUUGAAGAACAUUUCAAUGUGGACCUCAGUUUUUGUUUCUUAAAUCAAGUGAACAGUAAAGUCACUGCUGGUGUAACCAGGCUGCACAUCCUCAGAGGUGUUUGUUUUUCACUCCUGACCAGGACACGUCCAUGUCCAUGAGCAAAUAAAAUCCAUUUAUUGUCAUGUUGUUCCAGAGAUGAAGAGCUGUAGUUUUCUGUAAAGAAGAUUCAAACUGACGCUUCUGUGUUUGUACUGAACUGUUUUUGUUGAUGCCCUGACUAAAGAAUCAUAACAUGACAAUUAAAUGAUGACCCACAUGUGAGAGAUAAUUCUCUGGACGUUUUCAGACACAAUCCAAAUUUAAUGUUCAUUUGUUCCCUUUUUUUUUUUAGUAAAUGAUAUGGUGAUGAUUA